AUGAAGCGGACGCUCGGUGACCACCCGCUGGCCGCGGCGCCAGCGAAGAGGGCCGGCCCUGCGCCGGAGCCGCCCGCGGGCGCCGCGGGUCGCUGCCGCCAGGCGCGCGUGCUCGUGAGGUCCCUGGGCGGCGAGGACGUCGCGGACGUGCCCCUGAGCCAAGUGGCCACCGUGCGCGAUGUGAAGCGCGUCGUGUUCAAUGUGGCCGGGGUGCCUGUCAUGAACCAGCGCGUCCUCGAGGUCGUGAGCGGAUGA